UCAAAAAGACUAGUGACUGUCAUCAGUCUCUUGAAGCUGUCAUCAAUAGCAGGAAUAAUUUUCAGGCGAAACAACUUUUAAGGAGGAAAACGAAAAUUUGUUGAGCAUGUUGGUGACUUGGGGAAGAUUGACCACAGCAUGUGCCAGAAUCGGUCUCAAAACUGGGCACCUUAAUGGUGGUCAAGUGCGAGGCCUGCAGCGCUGCCUGACUCAGUUCCCUGUCCAAGGACAUGUCCGCUCCCUUCAUGCAUCCUUGGUGCUGUGGGACGACACGGAUAAGGACAAGCCGAGUGAUGAGUGCAAGCUCGAGCCUCAGGAUGUCUGUGGGAAGGAAGAGGUUGUCGAGGAAAACGACAGUUGUGGAGACGAAAAGAUGUCCGGUGACGGAGCCAAGAAACUGAUGGGCAAGGGACGUGAAGGCGUCAUUCAUGCUGUCAUCGGCCCCGUCGUCGAUGUGUACUUCGAGGGCGACAUUCCGGAGAAUAUGAAUGCAAUGGACGUGAUUGACGCGCCGGUCGGACGUCUGGUGCUGGAGGUUUUCCACCACUUGGGUAACAAUGUGGUCCGCUGCGUUGCCAUGGACUCCACGGAGGGUCUUCGUCGCGGCCAGAAGGUGGUAGACACGGGUUACCCAAUCCGUGUCCCCGUGGGGAACGCCGUCCUGGGUCGCAUCCUCAACGUGGUGGGCGAUCCCAUCGACGACCGCGGGGAGAUCAAGGCGGAUAAGUACUCGUUUAUCCACAGUGAGGCUCCGGAGCUGGUUGACCUGACCGUCCACCCAGAGAUCCUGGUCACGGGCAUCAAGGUGAUCGACCUGCUGGCCCCCUAUGUCAAGGGUGGCAAGAUCGGUUUGUUCGGCGGCGCCGGAGUAGGCAAGACGGUGCUCAUCAUGGAGCUGAUCAACAACAUGGCCAAAUCCCACGGUGGCUACUCCGUGUUCGUAGGUGCAGGAGAACGCACCCGCGAGGGUAACGAUCUCUACCACGAGAUGAUCGAGUCGAAAGUAAUUUCCCUUGAGGACGACUCCUCGAAGGUGGUGCUGAUUUUUGGCCAGAUGAACGAGCCACCGGGCGCCCGUUCCCGAGUUGUGCUCACGGGACUGUCCAUCGCCGAGUACUUCCGUGACAUUGAUGGCCAGGAUGUGCUGCUCUUCAUCGACAACAUCUUCCGCUUUAUCCAGGCAGGCUCUGAGGUGUCUGCCCUACUUGGCCGUAUCCCCUCAGCGGUGGGUUAUCAGCCCACCCUGGGUACCGACAUGGGAAGCAUGCAGGAGCGGAUUACCAGCACCCGCAAUGGCUCCAUCACCUCUGUUCAGGCCGUCUAUGUGCCCGCCGAUGAUCUCAGCGACCCGGCCCCGACGGCCACAUUCGCUCACUUGGAUGCCACCACCGUGCUGUCGCGUCCCAUUGCCGAGUUGGGCAUUUACCCGGCUGUGGAUCCCCUGGACUCCUCCUCGCGCAUCCUGGAUCCCGACAUCGUAGGAGAGGAGCACUACAAUGUUGCCAGGGCCGUGCAAAAGACCCUGCAGGCCUACAAGUCGCUGCAGGACAUUAUCGCCAUCCUGGGCAUGGACGAGUUGUCCGAGGAUGACAAGCUGACGGUGGCCAGGGCCCGCAAGAUGCAGCGCUUCCUCUCGCAGCCCUUUCAAGUGGCCGAGGUCUUCACCGGCCAUCCCGGCAAGCUGGUGCCGGUGGAGAAGACGAUCGAUGGCUUCAAGCGGCUUCUGAACGGAGAGUACGACGACAUCCCAGAGAUAGCCUUCUACAUGGUGGGCGACGCUGAGGAAGUCCUGGCCAAGGCAACUCAACUGGCCUCCACCAUGCAGCCGGAUGCAGCUUCCAAAGGAAAGACAGGAGGGGAGAAGAAGGAGGCCAAACCGGAAAAAGGAAAGGAGGGAGAGGCCAAAGCUGAUGAAGGACAGAAGGGAGAGGCAAAGGAGGAUGAAGGGGAAAAGGAGAAGCCACCAAAAGCAGAGGCAAAAAAAGAUGACAAGAAGGAUGACAAAGACACUCCCAAAAAGGACAAGUGAUUUGAUUUGAUAGUAGCCCUGAAAACUGAGAAAUGAUCAAAUAAGUUGACUAUUGGCUUUUCUCACUACUCAUUUUUAAAUUGAGUUAUAAUUGAUUAA